GCCCCGCGUGGCGCCCGGGGACCUGCGCGGGCUGGGGCUGAGCACAGCCGGCAGCGCGGCGAGCUCCCUCCCGCUGGGGCGCGAGUCCUCCCCAAAGUUUCUGGUGCCCCAGGGACGGUAGCGUGUCCUUAUCUCGCUGUCGGCAGCCGCACACCGUUCCCAUGGGAUCCCAGGGUGGCAGGCCCGGAUGGAGCAGAACACCCCCACCCCCAAAUUAGCCGGAGAUGCUAUCUUUCCAGAGAGGAGCUACGGCGGGGUCUUGUCGCAGUUGCAAGGAAUAUGUUAGCACUCUAUGUAUAUGAAUAUCUGCUCCAUGUAGGAGCUCAGAAAUCGGCUCAAACAUUUUUAUCAGAGAUAAGAUGGGAAAAAAACAUCACAUUGGGGGAACCUCCAGGAUUCUUACAUUCUUGGUGGUGCGUGUUCUGGGACCUCUACUGUGCAGCUCCGGAGAGACGGGAGACCUGUGAGCACUCCAGCGAAGCCAAGGCCUUCCACGACUACAGUGCAGCCGCCGCUCCCAGCCCCGUGCUAGGAAACAUCCCCCCGGGAGAUGGCAUGCCAGUAGGUCCUGUGCCACCAGGCUUCUUCCAGCCUUUUAUGUCACCUCGGUACCCUGGAGGUCCCCGGCCCCCUCUGAGGAUACCUAAUCAGGCACUUGGAGGCGUCCCAGGAAGCCAGCCAUUACUCCCCAGCGGCAUGGACCCCACGCGACAGCAAGGACAUCCGAACAUGGCUGGGCCAAUGCAGAGAAUGACACCCCCGAGAGGAAUGGUGCCCUUGGGGCCACAGUCUGACCCUUGGUUAUCAUUACAGAACUAUGGAGGUGCAAUGAGACCCCCACUGAAUGCUUUAGGUGGCCCCGGGAUGCCUGGCAUGAACAUGGGUCCAGGUGGUGGCAGACCUUGGCCAAACCCAACAAAUGCCAAUUCAAUACCGUACUCCUCCGCCUCGCCUGGGAAUUAUGUAGGUCCCCCCGGAGGCGGAGGCCCCCCAGGAACCCCCAUCAUGCCCAGCCCAGCAGAUUCAACCAACUCUGGAGACAACAUGUAUACUUUAAUGAAUGCAGUGCCUCCCGGACCUAACAGACCUAAUUUUCCAAUGGGCCCUGGGUCGGAUGGUCCCAUGGGUGGAUUAGGAGGAAUGGAGUCACAUCACAUGAACGGCUCUCUAGGCUCAGGAGAUAUGGACAGUAUUUCCAAGAAUUCGCCCAAUAACAUGAGCCUGAGCAAUCAGCCAGGCACUCCGAGGGAUGACGGCGAGAUGGGAGGCAAUUUCCUAAACCCUUUCCAGAGCGAGAGUUACUCUCCGAGCAUGACGAUGAGUGUGUGAUGUGUCCCGCUCCCUCCCAGACCCAGGAGUCGCUCUCUGCCUCCUCCAGAACCUUCCCGUCACAGUGUACAGUGAACAGAUCCAGUCGCACCAAGCCAACCCGUUUACUUCCUGCUCUCUCCCCUUUUUUGUGAAGAAAGCGGGUCCAAAUGCGAUUCAAACAACUGUACGGAGCGGCACAGUAGAAUUGCCCGAGACCGAACUGCGAAUAACUCUGUGUAUGUAUAUGUGUGGGCAGAGGAUGUAUGGUAUAUGCGGUGUCAUGCGGACAUAUACACAUACAUGCACCAACCCACGGGACAUUGUAAAAUAUGACAUGACAUCUUACGUAGAAAUAAGUAGGGACUUUUAUUCCAUUCUCUUUUUUUCACGUUUACAUUUUAAUUAUUAAAAGUUGCUCCUGCCCCCUCCUUGAACUAUUUUGUGCUGUGUAUAUCACUGCUUUAUAUAAGUUAUUUUUUAAGGUGAACUCAGAUGUUAUGGUUUUGUAAAUGUCUGCAAUCAUGGAUAGGAAUAAAAUCGCUUCUUUGAGAGCUUUCAUUA